AUGCUGAAGCGACCGAAUCCCUAUCGCAAGAGCCGCGCGGCGGGAACCUUGGACGACCUGAUGUUCGACAUGGACAAGCGUCGCCACACCUCCUUCAGGUUCCAGAACUACCAGAACUUCAUCACGGAUCGCCCUGGCAAAUUUGAUGAGAGGUACCGCCAGAAGCUUAGCUGGUGCGCCCUGGAUGAGGAAACCGGGCAGCUGGACUACCUCACGGAGGGAUUGUCCCCCAAGGGCGGACGGCGCAUGUCGACCUCAUCGGUUGGGUCUUCGAGGACCGGGGGCGGCGGGGGUGGGAGUGGGGGUGGCGAGCGGGAUCAUGACCGCGACUCGCUGCUGUCGAACCAAGCGCAGCAGCAGCAGCAGCUGCAGCAGCAGCACGACUCUGGCGAAUCGAGCGGGAGCAGCUUGGGCGGCGGGCGAGGCAGCGGGAAGGGGGGCGGCUGUGACGAUGACGCCGCGUCAACGUCCACGAGGGGAGAGGACCCCGCCGCCGGUUUCCUGUCGCCAUCCCGCUUUCGGCUGCCGCCGUCGUCAACCUCCCCGAGGUUCAUGUCCCCGCCGAUCGGCGAGGGCGGCGGUGGAGGCGGGACGGCCAAAGCCCACAGCGGCCGCUCAUGGAAGGCGCCGCAGUUCGCCAUGGACUUGGACAACCACGGCCCAGGCGUUCUUCUCGAGCACUCGCCCACUCGGCAUGGGCACACGGGACUACAGCAGCAGCGGCGGCGAGCGGCCGCAAGCGACGAAUCGUUCCCCGUGAGCGGAGGGGGCACUCGAUCGCUGUCACCGUCUCCGGCCUUGCACCGGCACAACAUGCAGUGGGCCCGCCAGUCCCCCGCCGGCACCGGCGCCGGCGCCGGAGCGAUGAAAAACGGCGGUGGCCCCCGCCGCAGCAUUAGCUCGUCCUCGUCGUCCUCCGGGCGUCGCUCUUCCAACUCGGCCUUCAGUCUCGGUACGGGUCCCGUCCGCGGCCCUGGGUCCUGGACCAGAGGGGGUGGUAGCAGUAGGUCGAGCACCAGCAGCAAGGUGAGCGGCGGUCGUGUUAGCAGCGGCGGCGGCGGCGGCGGCGGGAGCGAAAACCAGGAGGUUGUUGUUUCUACGACUGCGGCGGCGGCGGGGCCUCCGGAGCAAGGCAGGGGUAGGACCGCCGAGAGGGCGGAGCAAGGGUGCGCCCGCGCACCGCCGCAGCAGCUGACUUCCGCGCCGGAGGAAGACGAGGCGGAGAACGAGGAGCGGGGGGAGUCCCCGGUUCAGCCACGGGUAGGGGUCGAUGAUGAGGUCACCGAAGUUGGCGCCAGCGGCGGAACCGAUGUGUGCCCCGGAGCCGCCGCAUCCGUCGCCGCCACCGCGAAGCCUGAGGAGAAGAGUUGGGCGGGCGAGGACGACAAGGUCGGGGGUGCGGCGAGCACCGCGAACCCCGGAAGGGAGGCGUCUUACGGCACGGUCACUUCUUCCGCGUUUUGUUCGGGGGUUGGUGACGCGAGGGGGUCGCUGCUGGCUUCUUUCAACACGUUGCCGCGCAAGUCGUUGGAGAGCACGUACUUCGAAUCCAACGCUUCGGUGGCGGUCACCGUGCCGAGUGCUAGCGGCGGCGGCGGCGGCGGCGACGGCGGCGGCGUUGUCUGGGGGGGUGCUGGCGAGCCCCUUUCCGCGUCUGGAGGCGAUACCGGGGCUGGGCGAACGCCUGCUGCGACAGGAGGGCAGGGAGAAGGCGCCGUGAAAGCGGCGGAGAAAGAAGAAGAACAAGCGCAAGGACCCAAGAAGGGGGGGAAGAGCGGUGGCGGCGGCCGUAGUCGCGGUGGCGGUGGGAUGGCGCGGGGGCCCGGCGCGGACAUGGUCGUGGGUCACGCCGUUGACCCGGCCGCGCUGGUGCGGCCCCCGAGAGUGGGCGAUGGGAAGCUCGAGCACGACAAGGAGCGGCGCCUCGGCGUAGCUAACGACCUGGAAGCCGUGAUAGCGGAGCUAAACCGCCGCAAGAGCCUGCUUGCGUGGGAAGAUGGAGAGGGGGCGGUGUCGGACCCAUGCGAGUCGCCCGCGAGAGCAACGGAGAGCGGUGGCGGCGGCGACGUGGGUGCGGGGAAAGAGACCCGGCAGGAGGAAAAGGGAGAGGUCGAGGACGAGCAUAGGCUUUCCGCGAGGGGUACGCUCCAGGCCAGCGCCGGGAGCGGAGCCGAGAGAGGCAGGGUGGACGACGAGCCGGUGCGGGUUGCUCGUGUCCUUGCUUCCGAAGACGCCUUCGGUGAGCGCAAGCCGAACGAAGCUACGCCCUUGGCCGGCCAGGCCGUUGAGCCAGCGGCGGCCUCGCUGGCGCCGGGGGUUCUCCAGACUGCGGUGGUGCCUUCGUCUUCCUUUGGUGGCGACGAGAAUAAGCCCCCGCCGCUGACGGAGGAGCCGUCGCCGCCGACAAACCCUCCGUCUCCGGCUGGUGCUGAUGCUGGUGCUGCCGCCGAUGUUGCGGAAUCGACCACGAUGCUUCCCCCGUCUGCCGCUCCCCGCGGCGCGGGAGCGUCGCUCUCCGCCCGGACUCUCGCCUCUGCCGCCGCGGCGGCGGAAGCUACGGGGUUUGAUUCGUGCUCGUCUUCCUCCACGACGGCACAGCUGGGCCUGCCCAAGGAGAGGGUGGAAGCGAGGGCGGACGGGGCUGCUGCCGGUAGGGUCGGCGGGAGAGGGUGGAGGCAGGGGAGGGAAGCCACCGCCCCCGUGAGCCCCAGGUCCGCGCCGACGGCAAAGGCGACAUGGGCGGGUGUGAGCACGACCCUGACGAAGGAAAAUGCGGGCGACCGGAGGGUGAAGGCUUCUUCUGCUCCGCGUCCGACGCCCUCCGCCGGCGCGCCUUGUUCGGCGUCAGGCGGCGGCGGUAGGCCCAGGGCGACCGCGGCGAUGGCGGUGGCGGGCGCUAAAGCGGGGUCGCCCAGGACGGCGGCGAAGUCCGGAUUCGCAUCGGCCCAAAGAGCGGGGUCGCCCAGGACGGCCGCGAAGUCCGGAUUCGCACCGGCCCAAAGAGCGGGGUCGCCCAGGACGGCCGCGAAGUCCGGAUUCGCACCGGCCCAAGGAGCGGGGUCGCCCAGGUCGGCGGGGAAGUCCGGAUUCGCACCGGCCCAAAGAGCGGGGUCGCCCAGGUCGGCGGGGAAGCCCGGAUUCGCAUCGGCCCAAGGAGCGGGGUCCCCCAGGUCGGCGGGGAAGCCCGGAUUCGCAUCGGCCCCAAGAGCGGCGCCGGCCCCAGCCGGUUACUCCGCGCCGACGAAAUCGUCCAAGGCGAGAGUUGGUGGCGGCGGUGGCGGCGGUGGCGACGACGUUGGCUGCGGCGGUGGUGGCGCGACUACCGCUGCUGCCGGUUAUUCGAGGGCGUCCCCGUCCUCACAGCAGCCGCAGCAGCUGCGGCGGGUAGGGUCUCAGCAGAGGAGGCAGAAGGAGAGGCAAUCCCCCCGCAGCAAGGAGGCAGAGGAUCGCCGCGGGCGGGACCGGGUGAGGGGACCCGAAGAAUCGAACGGCGGCGCUAGUAGGGGUUGCAGGAGGCUCUCUUCUUCGGCGCCGCCGCCGGAGCUGCGAGAUGGAGGACUCAGCUCUGCUCGGGUCGAGGGCAUAUGCGCGGACAUAAUCACUCCUUCCGACCUGUUGACGUCGGCACAGGAACAGGUCGAAGGCGCUCCGCCCCUCUCGGGGGUCCCCGCCUCCUCCUCCUCCUCCACCACUCCGCGUCCGGCUCGCGGGCACCACCGCCGCUCGACGUCCGCCGGUAUGCUUCCGCGCUCCAUCGACGAGGGCGUCAUGGACCCCGCGGUGGAGCUGGCUGACGCUGCCAUGACCCUGUCCGGCGUUCGGACGUCGGGAGGGGCUGCCGAGGACGGCAGGGCUCGGCGCGGGGCCGUCGCACGAGGAACCGCGCGCGAGCGGGGUAAGGGUGGCGGUUCCUUCGACCGGCGUUCGAUGGUCGGCGGCGGCGGCGGCGGCGGCGGCGGCGGUGCUUCCCCUUCCCCGCGUAAGGGCAAGUACCAGGUGAAGGACUCGUUCAACCGGCUCAAGGGGUGGAUCAACGGGGGCUUCACGGGCAACGGCGGCCGGAAGAACAACUCCAGCGAUGCCUCGCACGCCACUGCCGCCGCUGCCGCAGCGACGAGUGGUGCCGGCACGCGGGCGAAACCGAGGGGUGCGGCCACCCCCGGUGGCGGUGGUGUUGGCGGCGGCGGCGGCGGCGGCGACCGCGCCCGUGCGGUUGACAAGAGCGUGGACAAGCGGUCUGCGUCUGCUGUCGGUGGAGGGCGUCCCUCUGCCGCCACCGCUCGCGCUGGUGGUGGUGGGGGUACUGCCGGUGUUGGCAACCGGAACGGUGACUCGAGGAACCUCAACGCGAGCACCGCGGUCGAGAGGGCGGCCGCUCGAGUGGAAGCCAGGAGGGCCGCGGAGCGCGAUGCCGUCCGCGCGGCGAAGGAGGCCAGCGCCGCGGCCGAGACUGCUGGAACGGCGAAGGGAGCGAAGCCCUCGCCUCGGGCAGCGGUAGCCGGCGCUAUCCGUCGGAACAAGCCCCACAAGCGGACGCCUUCUGGGAGCCGUGCCUCUCCAUCUAGUGCUACAGCAGCACCGCCGCCCCCGCCAGGCAAGGCCGGCGGUGUCGGCGCGCCUGCGAAGGCGGGAACCGCGGCACCAACGACGGAGUCGGCGGCGGGAAGUGACCCGCACCGGGGACGGGCCCGCUCUCGCGUGCUGGAGGUCGCCACCGCGGGGUCUUCCUCGUCGCCAUCUCCGUCGCCCUCGCUGUCCCCGCUCGCCACCCGGCUCUCCCCGGCCCAUAAGGAGGAAGUGACGGCGGCGGUAAAGGCGGCGGCGGCGGGAGCGGUCGCAGCGGCGGCGGGGGCCGGAGUCUUGCCGCGUAAGGUCAGGGCCGUCCCCGCUUCGGCGGCCGCUACCGCGGCGGCCGCCGUGGCCCUGUCGCCGGCCUCCGAAAGAAUGGCGGUCGUCCCGCCGGCGCCUUCCUCUACCGGCCCGUCGGCGCGGUUCAAGACCUCGAAAGCGGCGAGGUCGCUCGGCGCCACAAUCCCGACCCUCUCGCCCGCUAGCCUGCCCAGGGCGGGGAGUAGGUCCCGCGUGCCGGUUGAGUCGCCGGGGCCGCUAAGGUCCCCCAGAGGGGGAGGCGGGCUGAGGUCGGCGUCCAGGUCUCCGAGGUCGACGCCCAAGUCUCCCAGGUCAACAUCCAAGUCUCCCAGGAGCGGUGGCGUUGGGCGAGAGCGAGGUUUCUUCUUCGGCGGUGGCGGGAGCGGCAGCGGCGAAGGAAAGCCGGCAAGGACGGUGGCCGGAAGCCGAGGUGCGGCGAGCGGGGGAAGUGGCGGCGGCGGCGGCGGCAUGCUCUCUCGCAGCGGACCCCAGUCUGCAAGGGGUGGUUCGCGUGGCGAUAACGGCAGCAGCAAGAGCCCCAUGGUUGUCUCCAAGGGAGGCAAGGCAGGGAGGACCGUUCGGGCCACUUAG